CGGGGUCCUCUCUCAUGUUAUUUUGGGGGUUCCGUGGGUCCCGGAGGUGUUUUGGGGGGGUCCCGUCUCACUGUCCUUCCCCGUGUGGUGCCCCAGACGUGGACGAGUGCGCGGGGGAGGGGCCGCCCCCGUGCCGGGGCUCCAUGAAGUGCCUGAACCAUUUUGGGGGGUACCUGUGCCUGCCCCGCUCGGCCGCGCUGCUCAGCCCCGGCCUCGGCCCCGCCCCGGCCCCGCCCCCUCCGCACGCCCCGCCCCUGUCCCGCCCGGCCCCGCCCCCCGAUGGCCGCUGCCCUCCCGGGUUCGGUCCCGCCCCCGACGGCACCUGCGCAGACGUGGACGAGUGCGCGGGGCCCCCCCCGUGCCGGCCCAGCCAGGACUGCAUCAACCUCCCGGGGGGCUUCGAGUGCCGCUGCCCCCCCGGCUACCGUCACCGGCACACCGAGUGCGUGGAUGAGGACGAGUGCCAGUUCCGCUGGUGCCAGCACAGCUGCGCCAACUCCCCCGGAGCCUUCGCUUGUCGCUGCCACGCCGGGUUCAGCCUCGGCCCGGACGGCCGCUCCUGCCUCGACGUGGACGAGUGCUCCAUGGGCGCCCGGUGCUCCCAGCGCUGCCUGAACACCUUCGGCUCCUUCCGCUGCCGCUGCCGCCCCGGCUUCGUGCUGGGCGCCGACGGGCACGAGUGCCACGAUGUGGACGAGUGCCAGGGGAAUGUCCCAUGCCAGCACCGCUGCCAGAACCUCCCCGGGGGCUUCAGCUGCCUCUGCCCCCCCGGGUACAGCGAGCAGGACGGGCUCUGCCGCGACCAGGACGAGUGCACCGAGGGCUCCCACGGCUGUGGGGGGGCCCAGAGCUGCCUUAACACUUUUGGGGGGCAUCUCUGUGUCCCCCGCCAGCUCUGCCGGGGACCMUACACCCCGCACUCCCGCAGCAACGGGACCUGCGUGUGCCCCAGGGCGGUCCCUGGCUGCGCCCCCCGCCCCCAUUGGCUCCUCCAUCGUUUCCUGACCAUUCCCGAAAUUUCCGAUGUUCCCACUGGGAUUUUCCAGCUCCAGCACCCCCCGGGGGACCCCCRAAGGCUGCGGCUGCGGGGGGGGCCCCCCGGCACCUUCCGCCUGCGGGUGCUGACCAAUCACAGCUCGCUGCUGGAACUCGCCCGCCCCUUGGCGGGGCCGCAGCAGCUGCUGCUGGAGGUGGAGCUGCUGCCGCUGGGGCCCCGCCCUCCACCCUCUGCCCCUCCCACACCCGCCGAGACCCCGCCCCCCAGCCCCUGGGACCCGCCCCCGCCGGGUGGGCGCAGCCUGGCCUUACUCCGCCUCCACCUGUCAGUGGGGGCCCACCCAUUCUAGGGCCGCGGACACCCCCAGACUUCCGUGGGACCGACAAAAACUCCAGCAGGAGCCCCCCAAGCCCUCCCAAUACCCUCAACCGUGCCCUGGGCCCUCCAAACCCACUCCGAACCCUCCAAAACUCUCUCAGGAUCCUCAGUUUCCCCCUGUGUCUUUACAACAGUUCCCAGAAACCCCUGAAAAAACCCCUCCCCCAAGCCCCUCUGGGACCACCCCAAAACCUCCUUGGGACAACCCUCACCCCACGUGGGACCUCAAAAUUUCCCCCCUGGGAACCCCCAAACAAUCCCCAGGACUCCCCAAAGAGCCCCUGGGACCUCCAAUUUGGGGGCAAAGAAUGAACUUGUUGGUGCUGAUCAGUUCA